GUCCGCGUCCCUAGGCAAAGCAUCAGCCACAUCUUCACUCCCCUCACUCGCCCAAUCAAAUCAAGCCAGCCAUGGCGUCCACCGACGCGUCGUCGGCGACACUCCAUCCGCCGAGGCUUGCCUCCAUAUUCGCCGUUACGCCCAGUGCCCCCGGCACUCCUGUGCACUCCAUCCAGACCAUGCGUCGCAAGGCUGCAGGGCACUCUGGGCCCCUCACUAAGAUCCUCGUCGCCAACAGAGGUGAAAUUGCUAUCCGUGUGUUCCGUACGGCGCACGAGCUCGCAAUGCACACCGUCGCCAUCUUCUCCUUCGAGGACCGGCUCUCCGCUCACCGUCAGAAGGCCGAUGAAGCGUACCAAGUCGGAAAGGGUCUGACUCCCGUUGCGGCCUACCUCGCGCAGGACGACAUCAUCCGGAUUGCACUUGAGCAUGGAGUGGACAUGAUCCACCCUGGGUACGGUUUCCUCUCCGAGAACGCGGAGUUCGCACGCAAAGUCGAGCAAGCCGGUCUCGCGUUCGUCGGUCCGGCCCCAGAGGUUAUUGACCAGCUCGGUGACAAGACCAAGGCGCGCACCAUCGCUAUCAAGAUUGGUGUCCCCGUCGUCCCUGGUACGCCUGGACCGGUUGGCUCGUGGACCGAGGCCGAUGCGUUUAUCAAGGAGUACGGUUUCCCUGUGAUCAUCAAAGCCGCGAUGGGCGGUGGAGGACGUGGAAUGCGUGUCGUCCGCGAGCAGUCCGAUUUCAAGGACGCCUUCGAGCGCGCCGUUUCUGAGGCCAAGUCCGCCUUCGGUGACGGCACCGUCUUCAUCGAGCGUUUCCUCGAGCGCCCGCGCCACAUUGAGGUCCAGAUUCUCGCUGAUGCUGUUGGCAACACUGUGCACUUGUUCGAGCGUGACUGCUCCGUGCAGCGUCGUCACCAGAAGGUCGUCGAGGUCGCACCUGCUACUCACCUCCCCGAAGAGGUCCGAAGGGCGAUCCUCGCCGACGCUAUCAAGCUCGCUAAGAGCGUCGGGUAUAGGAACGCGGGUACUGCUGAGUUCUUGGUCGACCAGAUGGGCAGGCACUACUUUAUCGAGAUAAACCCCCGUAUCCAAGUCGAGCACACCAUCACUGAGGAGAUCACUGGCAUCGACAUCGUCGCCGCACAAAUCCAGAUAGCUGCAGGCGCAACUCUCCCACAGCUCGGUCUUACACAGGAGGCGAUCACGAAGCGUGGCUUUGCCAUUCAGUGUCGUGUCACGACUGAGGACGCGUCGCAGAGCUUCCAACCUGAUACCGGCAAGAUUGAGGUCUACCGCAGUGCUGGUGGAAACGGUGUCCGUCUCGACGCCAGCUCUGGUUUUGCUGGUGCUCAGAUCACUCCCCACUACGAUUCGUUGUUGGUCAAGGUCACUGUGAGCGGCACGACGUACGAGGUCGCUCGUCGUAAGAUGCUCCGUGCUCUCGUCGAGUUCCGUAUUCGUGGUGUCAAGACAAACAUCCCCUUCUUGUUCCGUCUUCUGACCCACGAUGUCUUCAUCGGUGGCAAGACUUGGACUACGUUCAUCGAUGACACUCCUGAGCUGUUCAAACUCGUUCAGAGCCAGAAUCGUGCCCAGAAGCUGCUUGCCUAUCUUGGAGACCUUGCCGUCAACGGCUCCUCCAUCGCGGGCCAGCAAGGCGAGCCCGGUCUCAGGGAAGAGAUUGUCGUCCCCAAGCUUGUCAACCGUACGGACCCCAAUGGACCCCCCGCGGACACAUCCUUUCCUUGUGAACUCGGCUGGCGGAACAUCAUCGUUGAGAAGGGUCCCGAGGCGUUCGCCAAGGCAGUCCGCGAGUACCCCGGCGUGCUCAUCAUGGACACGACGUGGCGUGAUGCCCACCAGUCGCUGCUUGCGACGCGUCUCCGGACUAUCGACAUGGUCAACAUCGCGAAAGAGACGAGCUGGGCGCUCGCGAACGCUUAUUCGCUCGAGUGCUGGGGUGGUGCGACCUUCGAUGUCGCUAUGCGAUUCUUGUAUGAGGACCCUUGGGAGCGUCUGCGCACGUUGCGUAAGCUCGUCCCUAACAUUCCUUUCCAAGCUCUCGUCCGUGGUGCGAACGGUGUUGGAUACACGAGCUACCCCGACAACGCCAUCUAUGACUUCUCGCGCAAAGCCGUCGAGAAUGGCCUCGAUAUCUUCCGCGUGUUCGACUCCCUGAACUACAUCGAAAACAUGAAGCUUGGCAUCGAUGCCGCCAAGAAGGCCGGCGGUGUCUGUGAGGCCGUCGUCUGCUACACCGGCGACGUCGCCAAUCCCAAGAAGACGAAGUACACCCUACAGUACUACCUCGACUUCGUCGACCAGCUUGUUGCCGAGGGCAUUCACGUCCUCGGCAUCAAGGACAUGGCUGGUCUGCUCAAGCCUGAGUCGGCCAGGGUUCUCAUUGGUGCCAUCCGGCAGAAGUACCCCGACCUCCCCAUCCACGUUCACUCUCACGAUACCGCAGGCAUCUCAACUGCUAGUAUGUUGGCUGCUGCCGCCGCCGGUGCCGAUGUCGUCGACGUCGCUAUUGACAGCAUGUCUGGCCUUACUUCGCAGCCACCGAUGGGUGCUGUCUGCGGCGCUCUCGAGCAGACUAGCCUAGGCACUGGUAUCCGUUAUGAGGACAUCCAGGCACUCAACAUGUACUGGUCGCAAGUCCGCCUGCUGUACUCCUGCUUCGAGGCGAACGUCCGUGCGUCAGACUCUAGCGUGUUUGAUCACGAGAUGCCCGGUGGGCAGUACACGAACCUGAUGUUCCAGGCUCAGCAGCUUGGGCUCGGGACCCAGUGGUCUGAGGUGAAGAAGAAGUAUGUCGAGGCCAAUGAGCUCUGUGGAGACAUCAUUAAGGUCACGCCUUCCUCCAAAGUCGUCGGAGACUUUGCACAAUGGAUGGUGCAGAACAACUUUAGCAAGCAGGACGUCUUGGAGCGUGCAGACCAACUCGACUUCCCCUCGUCAGUUGUGGAGUUCUUCCAGGGUUACCUUGGCCAACCCGUCGGCGGCUUCCCAGAGCCCCUUCGCAGCAAGAUCAUCCGCGACAAGCCAAGAAUCGAUGGCAGGCCUGGUGCUAAUCUUGCGCCCAUUGACUUCAAGAAGGUCAAGGCUGAGCUCCGUAGCAAAUUCGGAAAGCACAUCACGGACGCCGACGUCACGUCGUACGUCAUGUACCCGAAGGUCUUCGAGGAAUACCAAGGCUUUGUCGAGAAGUUCGGCGACUUGAGUGUUGUGCCGACUCGCUUCUUCCUGUCCCGCCCUGAUGUUGGCAAGGAAAUGAUGAUCGACAUCGAGAAGGGCAAGACCCUCAUUGUCCGUCUAAUGGCUGUAGGUCCUGUCAUCGAGGGCCGGGCUCAGCGUGAUGUCUGGUUCGAGGUCAACGGCGAGGUCCGCGCUGUCUCUGUCGAGGACAAGAACUCAGCGGUCGAGUCCGUGUCUCGUGAGAAGGCAACGUCCGAUCCUGGCUCCGUGGGUGCCCCCAUGUCCGGUGUCGUCGUCGAGGUUCGUGUGAAGGAGGGUGCUGAGAUCAAGAAGGGCGACCCUAUCUGCGUGAUGAGCGCGAUGAAGAUGGAAUCGUCGGUCACGGCGCCCGUGUCCGGUCAUAUCAAGCGUGUUGUGGUGCAAGAAGGCGACUCGAUCAACCAGGGCGACCUGGUCGUGGACAUCGUGCACUGAGUCAGUUACUUCCCGGGUCACUUGUUCGUGAAUGUGGUACGAUGUGUAUGACUACGAUAGAAGCCAAGUACUUGUCAUGAUUACGAGCACAAAUAGAACGCACAAUUCAUUCCGAG